GACGAUAAAUACUAUUUUUAUUUUCGUGAGUCGUUUACGUAAAACAACAAUAAUUGUUUUUUAGGGCCGUUGUGGGCUUUCAAAGUUCAGCUAAAUCCUCAGUGCAGUGAAUGCCCAUAAUGGCAGAAACUUGUGAUUGGCAGUUAAGAUGUACGGAGCUGAAGCACCGAGGUUCUCACCUUUUACAAUCCGGCCAGUGGUCUGAUUGCUCGUUCCUGGUGGGCUCGGAGCCGCACCAGGUCGUGGUGCCGGGCCACAAGCUCAUCCUGGCCAUGGCGUCGCCGGUGUUCGAGGCCAUGUUCUACGGUGGUAUGGCUGAGAGGAACGAGCCAAUACCGAUUUUGGAUGUGCAGCCAGAAGCUUUCAAAGCGUUGCUAGAAUAUAUCUACACAGACAACAUAAAUAUAAGCUCGUUUGACAAAGCCUGUGAGCUGUGCUAUGGAGCUAAGAAGUACAUGCUGCCGCACCUGGUGAAGGAGUGCACGCGGUAUCUCUGGUCCGACUUGUACCCGAAGAAUGCAUGCCGCGCUUAUGAGUUUGCCAGAUUAUUUGAGGAGAGUGUGCUUAUGGACAAAUGUUUACAGAUAAUAAGCACAAACACGAAAGAAGUGCUCACAGACAGCAGUUUCGAAGAAGUUGAGCUCAGCACAGUGAUCACUGUGUUCUCCCUGGAGCACCUGAACGUGGACAGCGAGCUGGACCUGUUCGAGGCGGCGGUGCGGUAUGCGCGCGCGCAGGCCCGCCGCCAGCCCUCCCCGGGGCCUGCGAGCCCCAAGCCCGCCACCAGCGAGGAGAAGGUGGUAGUAGUGGAGAGUAGCGCGGAAAGCAGCCCACUGUCGGGGUCCGGCGAGGGUUGUGCCGCGAGCGCGGGCUGCGCGGGCGCCGGCGAGGGCGCCAAGACCGACUCCGAGCCCGGCCCGAGCGAGGCCUGCAACAGGACAGACAAGCUGAGCAUCCGUCACGCCAUCGAGAAGAUCCGCUUCCUCACGCUCACGCCCCAACAGUUCGCCGAGGGCCCCGCGCGUUCCUCGCUCCUCACAGAAUCCGAGGCCUUCGCGGUCCUCAUGAACAUACUCUCCAGCAGCUCUGAUGUUCCACUCCCGGCUGGCUUCAGCUCCUGCCGGGUGCCGAGGAAACAGCUCAUCGGCAGCGGACCCUCCAAUAAUAUGCCGACGUUCACGGUGGACACGCCUUCGCCCGUGAUGGUGGAGCACCCGGAGCGCCCGCUGGCCGCGCUGCCCUACCCAAGGCCCCGCCACGAUGGUCCAGGUGUCCGACUGUCCUCUUCCAUCCACACGCUCUCGGCGCUCGGUCCCGAGCACCUGGAGCGACACAGCAACGACUUCAACAAGAUCUACUGCCAGCGGCCCAUCAUACAGCACACCGACUGUCUGAACACCAGCGUUCUAGACUGCUCCGUGACCUUUAUGGUGGAUAAGAACAUCUGUUUACUCGGGGUUCAGGUUCCAACGCAAGCGCCAAGCGAAGAGAGCGCCGUGUCCGCGCUCGGCGGGACCGGCUACUCGGAGCUCCUGUACGCGCACCUGCUCGACGCCGACGGCGCAAGGCUCACCUACACGCACUACACCAACCGGGUGCCUUACAGACAUCUGCUGGACAUCAUGUUUAACAGACCAGUCUAUAUACAGAGGAACAAGGUAAGGCCACUUCUGUACGCGCACCUGCUCGACGCCGACGGCGCAAGGCUCACGUACACACACUACACCAACCGGGUGCCUUACAGACAUCUGCUGGACAUCAUGUUUAACAGACCAGUCUAUAUACAGAGGAACAAGGUAUACAAGGUGGGCAUAGUGUUCAACAAAGUGGGCUGGUACCCGAUGGGCUCCUGCGCCCAGCAGGUGGCCGCCGAGUCCGUCUUCUUCAACUUCGGGAUUGGGCAGUCGAGCGACUCGGUCCGCGACGGGCUCAUACGGUCCAUCAUAUUCACAUACUAGCACACACACCGUGGAUACGUCCACAUCACCUAGGGUUAUAGUCUGUUUUUUUAGGUAGUCAAAUAAAUGUUAAUGUGUUUUUACAUUUUUGGGUACUUUAUACAUUAUUAGUUAACCAGCCAAAUAGAAAACUGCCGGAUCUUCCUCAUCGUUCUGGCUUUAACCUAAUCAUGUAAUCGUGUUAUGUUUGAUCAUAUCUGUCGUAAUAGACGCGUUUUGUUAGAGAGUGGAUCUUCUCCUGUACCUAGUACUAUUAUUUAUUCUGUGGUCAUAACUGCGUAUUUAUGGCCACAAUAUGUGGCGUUAUAUGUGUACAUACCCUACGCGUAAUACAAGUGUAGACCCUUUAGUGUGAGUUAAGACCAACAUAGCUGUAGACCUUAAUAUUAUGACAAUAAGGUCAAUUAUGGUUGGAGUGUUUUCGUGUUGUCUAUAAUGGCAAUUGUUUUAUGUAGAUUUAAGUAAAUCAAUGUUUAUAUUAUAACCUCAGUAAGCCUUAUAAAGGCCGAAUAUGAAUUAUUAGAUGUAGAACUAGACCUGAACACAGCCAGUGUGUAUUACAUGUGUCUAGUUUCUUAUUUAUUUAAAUUGAAAUAGGCAUGUUAGAAGGGACAAGUGUACCUACAUGAAUAAGAGCGUCGCAACCUGUUGGCUAGUCGGAUGGGGGGGGGGGAGCUGUUUGUAUAAUAUACUGGGACUCUUUGACUGCUCUAACCGACCUUAUUCAAUAUUUUCAGAAAAUUCCAUGCAUGUAAUACACAUUACACAAUAGCUGCUACCUACCUAACUAAUUGUUAUACAUAUGAAGCAGCUAAAGGUAUAUUCGGGUAUUUCCUAGUCAUUCCAAUUAUAGGUAAUUCCGAAAAUUGACUAUAAUAUGAUGGGAUGGGAUUAUGGGUGAUUUUCAUAAUUACCUACCCGAUGUAAGAUGCUUCACAUCACAGAUACUCGAAUACACCUACAUAAGUAUUAUUUAACAAACGGUAACUUAACUCUUAACUGUAAAAAAAAUAGUAUAGGUAGUUACG